CUGGAUGGCAGUGAGAAAGCCGAGGUGAGUGGGGGCGUGGGCCUCGGCGAGUGCACUCUCAGCCAAUCGGCGGCCUGUCCAGCCGGUGGAUUCAGUUACAAGCUUGAGAUCACCCCAUACGCCAACCUCCUUCCUACCCCUCCCCAAGCUCCAUUCAUUGGCCCCGCUGCACCGGGUCUGCCCGGCACCGUUUCCGUUCCGCUCCUGUGCGGCUGCCUCGUGGGCCGGGCGGGCCGGGACCGCCAGGGCGAGGCAUCCCAUCCCGGCGGCUUUGUCUGACGGGGCUGGGCCCGGGCGGGAUGAGGCUGCUGGGAAGGCUGCUGGGGGUGCUGAGCUGCCUGGGGGCUGCUCUGGAGGGCUCUCCUGCCCUCCGCUGGCACAGCACCUCCUGCCACCUGGCCAGGUCCGUCCCCGGCAGCCCCUCGGGGUCCCUGAGCUUCCUGGGCAAGGAUGCGCAGGGACUGGCUGUGUUCCAUGCCCACUGGGAUGGGCACGGGAGGCUGCAGGCAUGUAGCCGGCAGGAGGAGCCGGAGCUCACUGCAGCCUUCAGCGCCCUGUGUGCGGGCGAGAUCUCCCGGGACUCCUUCGUCCACAGCCCUGGCGCUGAGCUGCGGAGAGCCCUGGCCACCCUUCGGAGCCAGUGGGGGGCCUGCCCGCCGUCUCCCGGGAGGCCAGCAGGAGCGAGAGAGAAGCGAGCGACAGGGCAGCGUGGAGCACCCAGCGCGGGGCACCCGCGGGAGAAGAGAGGCUGGACCAUGCCCGGCACACUGUGGUGUGGCUUUGGGGACUCUGCCAGGAACUCCACGGAGCUGGGUGUCUUCCAGGGCCCCGACCUCUGCUGCCGGGAGCAUGACCACUGCCCUCAGAGCAUCUCGCCUUUCCAGUACAACUACGGCAUCCAAAACUACCGAUUCCAGACCAUCUCUCACUGCGAUUGUGAUGCCAGGUUCCGGCAGUGCCUGCAGAGCCAGCGGGACUCCGUCUCAGACCUUGUGGGUGUGGUGUUCUUCAAUGUGCUGGAGACGCCCUGCUUCGUGCUGGAGGAGCAGGAGGCGUGUGUGGCCUGGUACUGGUGGGGCGGGUGUCGGACGUACGGCUCCAUCCCCCUCGCCCGCCUCCAGCCAAAGACCCUCUACAAUACCUCCUGGCGCUCCCCAGCCAUGGCCCUGACUCCCAGCCCCCAGAGCCCAGCCCCCAGCAAAGACAAUGCCGCAGCCCUCCAGGCGCCCGUGGCCGCCCCCAGGCCUGAUCUGGCCCCCACAGCCUGGUUGGAGGUCACCCAUUCGGGCCAUCAGGGGCCUCCGGGUGCCCUAAAACCUCAGGUCGCCCGCCAGGCCUGCCGCAGCUUCCGCCACCUGGACAGGUGUGAGUACCAGAUCGGGCCCCAGGAGACCAAGUUCCAGCUGCUCAACGGUGCCCGAGAGCCCCUCUUCCACUGCAACUGCACGCGCCGACUAGCACGAUCCCUGAGGCUCCACAGCCCACCCACAGGUGCCAACAUGCUUUGGGAGCUGCUGGGCACGACCUGCUUCAAGCUGGCCCCUCCCCUGGACUGUGCUGAGAGCAAAGACUGUUCCAGGGGCCCCAGGGCCAUCAGGGUGUCAGCUCGGCACUUACAGCGACUCCAGCAGAGGAGACUCGGGGGCACAGGCACAGAGGAGGGGCAGGCACGGCCUCCGGAGCCCCCGAAGGCCCCCAUGUCAUUCUAUGACCGGUGCCUGCAGCAGACCCAGGCAGCUCUGAGGACCCAAGAGCAGCAGACAUCCUGGAACCAGUGACGUCAGUUCCAGCUUUCACCGCCCGGGACUGGACCUUGCCCGUGGCUUUGCUAGGCCCCGGGGGUCUCAGCCUCUUUUCCAUGUGUCACACUGAAGCGGGGCUCUCACCGGGGGGCCAAGGCCCAAACACUGGACUAGGUCUCCUGCUGUGCUGGGUGACCUUGGGCUGGUGACCCAACCCCUCUGUGCUUGGACAGUGGUAUUCAGGAGGCUCAUUCUGAUGCCCUGGGCUUGGGCCUUGCCAGGGCACUUCACUCCAGAUGGGCACGGGGCGGGGGUAACGAGUUGCAGCAGCCUCCUCGGGAGGUACUGGGAGGAGGCACACGUGUGUUCAUGUUGCAACGGGAAUACACUCGGGGUCUUGCCCAGGGGAACCUGAGUGCCUGCGUGCUGAGGCCCGAGGCAGCAGGCAGGGAAUGAGGGAGGCCACAGAAGUGCCUGUGUCUGAAUCCAAGAUCGGGGGCACUAGAGAGCGACUUCCCAGCUCCCCUCCUCCUGGGAGACCCCUUCUCUGAACAGCUGCUGGCCCACUCAUUCUGCCCCGACCCUAAAUUCCAAUCUCCCCUGUGCCUUUGAGCAAGGGGCGUCCUCCCCCAACACGAGCCUUUGUUUCCUCCUUAAAAAAGAGCAGGAUAAACAGGACCUACCUACCUCAGAGGGCUGUUGAGGGUUAAGUGAGCCAAUGCAUGGCCAGCGCUUAGGACCUAGUAAAUAUCCCCUCCCUCCAAUGCACUGCCAAACCGUGCUCGGGUGCCUGAUUUUGAGAGGCCUCCCGCAACCUCUUGGAGGCCUCAGUUUGCUCACCUGUGAAAUGGGACUAAGAACUGCACUGGACUCAACACCACUCAGGGCUGUGGUGCCGAUUAAAGGAGAUGGCAUGUGUAAUGUA